UGUAAAAUUGCCAAUAUGGCGGCUACCAUUUUGGCAAAAGGAAGGUUCGGGCAGAGUAUAGUCUCAAAAGUUUUCGUGCAGAAUAGUGCAAGAGCACAAAGUACUGUCCCUCAGACGCAAGAGAAUGUUCCAGUUAAAAGAAAGCCAUAUUCUCCUUUCCAAAAUACUACUGGUAAAUUUGAGUAUGCAAUGGCUCGUGUUGAUGAUCUUCUCAACUGGGCAAGAAAGAACUCACUGUGGCCAAUGACUUUUGGACUUGCUUGUUGUGCUGUAGAAAUGAUGCAUAUGGCAGCCCCACGUUAUGAUAUGGACAGAUUUGGUGUAGUUUUUAGAGCCAGUCCAAGACAGUCCGAUGUGAUUAUUGUUGCUGGAACGCUUACAAACAAAAUGGCUCCUGCGUUAAGAAAGAUUUAUGAUCAGAUGUCUGAACCUAGGUGGGUUAUUUCUAUGGGAAGCUGUGCUAAUGGAGGAGGAUAUUAUCACUAUUCAUAUUCUGUGGUUAGAGGCUGUGAUCGUAUAAUACCAGUGGACAUAUAUGUACCAGGGUGUCCACCUACUGCAGAAGCUUUACUGUAUGGUGUGCUUCAGUUGCAAAAGAAGAUAAAGAGAAUGAAUAGUGUUCAGAUGUGGUAUAGAAAAUAAACACAUAACUGGAAAUUGUAGGUUUAGAAAUUUGUACAUACAGUCAAUGACAAUGUUUUUCAUUGUAGUUGAUACAAGAAAUAAAUUUAAUUUCAAAAACACUG